UCUGGCGUCUACUCUGAACCGAUGGAGACUUCCGUAGGGUUCAAGAAGCUCUUUCUCCUUUUUUCGAUGCUAUGGACUUGUACUGGGGACCUGUCAGCCAUACAAGUGUACUGCACCGAAUGGUGGUUCUUUGCCAAGAUUAAACCCACAAUAUUCAACAAUGUGUAUAUGAACCCCGAAGAAGCGUUUUUAGGAGAUAAUUGUCCUGUAACCUACCUGAUGCCGGGUCUUUACUAUGAGUUUUUCUAUCAUCCUUAUGACUGUGGCAUCAAACACAUGAUUUUCCAGGAGUGUCUUGUGCUGAAAACUAAAAUCAAGUAUAUCUCAAGUAACUCCAACAACCAAGCUGAAAUGCCACUGUUGUGUAUUAUCCGAAGUCAACACCCUUUUAUAAAUGAUUUUAAAAGAAGAGGUCAUGACAACAGCAGCAAAAUGGAAUUGGAAGUAACCAUGAAAAUGCAUAUUGCAAGUGAAGACACGAAAGUUGCUUCUGCAAUGCAGCCAUGGGAGAAUCCAAAUGAUACUUGUGUAGCAAAUGAUGUACCUUUAAUAACAAAGAAGUUCAGUUUGACGAUUCACAUGCCGUUCAGAGACAAACUCUAAAAUGACUGCUCAGGACUUAAGAUUUAAUGUGCUAUUUUAUAGAAAUCUGAGAAGCUGGCAGAGAACUUAAGGAUUCUCUAAUUCGCUUCCAUUUAAAAGAACGAAUUUGCAAUUUUAAAUAAAAUGGCAUGUUGCCUGCUUAUCUUAUUUCCCUUUUCAAAAAUGGGCUGAUCCUGCUUUUAACUUUAUGAUGACUGAUUUAUGAAUAAAGUGUGUCCUCAUAAUGCUGUCGCUAAUUCCUGAAGG